GCCCGUGGUUCGGUUGCUGCCAAUAUCCCCAAACGAAAAACGUCUCUAAUUCUCCAAAACCCUAGUUAAACCUUCUUUCAUGGCGAAAGCUCUGGUACAGUGUCGGCGCCGGAUUCUGCCAUUUCUAGCGCCUUCCCGUGUAUGGCUGGAACAACAAUGGGAACCUUCUCCUUGGCUGCUGAAAUCGGAGGCAAAAUCUCCACACAUCAGCUGUGUUAGGUUGAUGAGUACGCAAGUAAAGCCUCCAGCUCAAACCCGACAAAUGGGGUCUCUUAAAGUUUCAAUGACGAGUCCUGGAUUUGUAUACGACCAAUAUUCAGCCCGUGAAUCAUUAUCUUUCUGGUAUAGAUGGUUUACGAGAUCUGGUUGGAAAAGAACAAAAGAAGAUGUCGUUCUAGAGCUAAAAUCCGCUUACGCAAUUGCGAAAUUGAGAAAAAGUGGGUAUUCUAAAAAGAAGUUCUACGAAGAAGCUGUUGAUCUAUACAAAGAGAUAAAUACACAAAUGGCCAACGGAGACAAAGGAUUACUAAGAAAAUCAGUCACAGAGAACAUGUAUUCUGCACUCAAGAAUGAGAUCAAGCACAGAGAGACGGUUUGGAGCAAUGUUUACUGGGAACUGAUUAUGCCGAUUGUUAAAAUGCGAACUCUGCGAGCUCGACUGAUUGGUGUAGAUCGAAACGACCUCAAUAAAGUGUUCGUACAACUUACGCUUGAAUUUCUCAGUAAACAGAAAUUUGAGGCAUACGACUCAAACGGAGCUGUUGUUGCCGGUGAUAAAAACAAGGAGGUUCUUGUACGGGAUAUAUGGGUUUUUGAGAAAUCACUUUUCCAUCAAGGAGCGUACUGGCGUCUUUGCGGGAGAAUCAAAGUUUAGCUGUUCGUCUCAGUUUUGUAAGAUGCUUGGAAUUUUUUUUUAAUGAUAAGCAAGCAUCACUCUUUUUCGGGAUUUAUAUUACGAUCACCAUUUUAAUGUGUGAGAAGUCGGGUUGCCAUCAAUUUCGGAGAAUGAUCGUUGACAGUGCGAAAUAGUAACGGUUAUGAAAAAUAAGAACUCAGUUCGAUGAGGUGUUUUUUUUUUUUUUUUUUUUUCUUUUUUUACGGUGGAAGUGCGAAAAACUGAGAGAUUUUGACAAUUCUUUUUGAGUAAUUAUCUGAAUUUUUAAAAUGACAGCACCUUAUUUGUUUGUAUUGUUUUAUUGAACUGUACUCACACUUGCCGUCAAACCAUGUUUCAGGAGCUUUAUGUAUUUGUGUGCACAUAAAAUGUACAUUUGCAUGUAAUGAAUAUUUGCUACUAAGAUAUUUCUUUUGGGUCCA